UUCGUUGCUGGCUCUGGCCACAAUAUGGCGUAAAACGCCGAUGAUCUGUGGUUCGCAGCUGUAAAAAUAUUGUGCAAAGACUUAUUUUAGCAAUUUUCUGUGUGAUUUUAUUACUGCCGAAGGAAAAUAUGACAUCUUUACAUUUUGCUGUUCAACCAUUACCUGGAAAUGAUGACCAACUUAUCGACAAACUGAGAGAAGUCUCCGACAGAUUUAGUCAACAUGGGUUCACAGCACCUGCUGCUGUGACAUCUCUGAGGAACAUCACAAUCACAGAGUGCGUUGUCGGCCCCACUCACAUUGCUUUAUUGAGAGAGGAUGGAAGGGUGUGCAGAGUGCCAUACCUUGUGGCGACAGAAAAGCUGGACCUCAGUAAGACGGAGCCAAAACCGAAAGCCAGCAAGCUGGAGAAGAUGGAGCGCACACCGUCCUCGACCGCCCGCAACGGAUCCCUGGUCAUGGAGUCUCCCAUCGUUCUCGUGUCGGACUCAUUGGGCUCGGCCGCUGCUCAGUCCACUGCCUCAGGACGAUGGCCCGCUUCGGCCGUGACCUCCAAUCCCCCCUCAGCGACCCGCGGUGGGUCAGCAGCCAGCGGUGGGACGACCAGUGUCGGCGGGAGCAGCACCAGCGGGGGUGGUGGGGGCGGGGGCGGAGUCAACAACAACCAGCCCACCAGCUUCAGCCGCAUGCAGCGGGCCGUGCACGUCAGCCGCGGGGGUCGGAGGUCGGGGGUCAUUGUUGGCGGCAGGCCCCUCGUGCCCGCCUCUGUUGUUCCAGAGGAUCUCAUCAGCCAGUGUCAGGUUGUGUUACAAGGGAAGUCCCGGAAUCUCAUCAUCAGGGAACUACAGAGAACGAACCUGGAUGUGAAUAUGGCAGUGAACAACCUGCUGAGUCGGGAUGACGAGGGCGAGGGGGAUGAUGACGACAGCCAAGACUCGUACGUACCGGAUGACCUCAUCUCCCUCCUGGACUCUGGUGUGCACGAGCACCCGUCUGUCAUCAUCGAAGCGGACGCCAUGUUCAACGAGGACGUUUUUGGCUAUUCGUCGCUUCGCAGUCGGGGCUCCGGGACAAGGUCAAGACUAGGUGACCGCGAGAGAGAGCAGCUGGACAGAGACCGUGACUCCAUCUUUCGCAUCCGAGACCACCGACGCAGACUGGAAAUGUCGUUCCGUGACGAAACAAUCAAAUCUCUAGAGAGGGAUGAAGGUAAAUCAGCUGGGGCUGACAGUGGCAAAAAGGGGAGCCCGCCUGCACAGAACCCUCUGGUGAUAGGAGAGGAGCUGCAGUACUGGACGGAAAAGGAUGGAGACCCGCCGCUGUUCCGGCAUAUCGAGGCUAUGUACUCAGAGCUGGUGGGGUUGGGCAGAGACGGGCGCAUCUACAGCUGGAAGUGGACCGAUGCAGAACCUUACAGACAUCCUGACAAUCCGAAUGUCCGUCACCCAAAAGCCAUACAUCUGGGUCUUCAGUACGAGCGAGGAACACUGUUGUCUGCCUGCGGUGUACGGGCAUCUGUUCUCACAGAGUCUUUCCGGAUUGCCACGUGGCUUGACGAGUCGCUGAGCACAGUUUCCUCCAAGUUGGAGCACGCAGCCAUGCAGUUCUCUGAGUUCCUCUCCGACAGAGUGGUCUCCCUGCAUACUUGCACGCUCUACACGUGCGCGCGGCUAGAAAGUGGCGCCCUCUACUGGUGGGGUGUGAUGCCGUUUGUCCAGCGAAAGAAACUGGUGGAGAGAUUGAACAAGAAGAAGAAGGCGAAGGAGACGGUGUCCUCCUCGGAGAUAGUCACGGGCGUCACUGUGUGUCUGCGCAGCGCCCCCCUCUACAACGCCGGCGCCAUCGCCUUCUCCGAGAUCAACGGUGUCCCCAAAGUGGGUCAGCUCCUCGAGGCGGCCUGGAUGCUGGGAGACAGCUGUCGGUUCCGAAUUCGACAGCCUGGCAGUUUCAGCGAGGUGAAGGCAGAUACCCUGAAGCCAGAGACGCCUAAGAGCAGCGAGAUUAAGACAGACAUGCCUCCCCCGUCGCCCGCCUCAUCCGUGUGCAGCGAUCAUAGCAGUGCCUCAGUCUCCACGAGUUCUCUGAAGCGCAAGAAGGGUCCUGUAACCCCUGUGAAGGAUGACGAGAAGGAAGAGCGGUGGCCGCUGAAGCACGUCGUCUUUGUGGAGGAUGUCAAGACCGUGCAGCUGGGCAAGGUCCUCAAGGUCGACGGUACGUGCGCUGCCGUCAGAUUCCACAGAGACGCCGACGCUGCUGGCUCCAGCAAGGAGGACCCCAUUGCUCUGCUUCAGGACUGCCGGCUGUUGAGGAAAGACGAGCUACAGGUGGUCAAGGCUGCCGGGGGUCCCAAGAGUCCUGACUGUUUCCAGAGGUUGCCCAAGAAAGUGGCGGUGGCGGAGAACGGACAGAUUGAGACGGUCACUGUGGACCCAGAGGUCAGCCGCAGCGGGUCGCGUCUCUACUACAGCUUCCACAACCUGAGCACGGGCAAGGUGGACCACAACUGUCUGUUCCCGACCAGCGCCGACGCCUUCCUGGGGACACGUUCCAGCAACGUCUCGCUGCUCACCUGUGGAAAUGUAAGAGAAAAAAAAAAGAAUGAUGAUGAUAGUAGUAAUAGAUAUAGCAUUUGUAUAGUGCAAAUUCCCGCUCACCAGCAAAUGAAUAACUGGAGUGUGGGUGGUUAUAACACCUUUAUUUCAUUUGCCUACAUUUGUUUUCCUCUUUGUUGGUCAUUUCAGCACCAGAUACUGAUUCCGCACAUCAUCCGCUCGGACAUCGUGAAAGUGCGAGCAACUCUGGCCUCCCUGGAGGAAGACCGAAAAGAGAGUGGCAGCCUGAGGCCGCAGAGUCUACUGAACGUGCUGAAUGAGCGCUGCGAUGGGAACCGCAACCUGCUGCACAUGUGUGUGGCCGCCUGCAUACCCCAGUCCAACAAGGAGUUUGAUGCCAAUGACUCGAACCAGUUGAGCUCCAGCUCAUUCAGCUGCACCUUGGAUGCGGUGACCAGUGCCGUGGACGCCAUCGCCUCGCUGCAGUCUCGCUCCUCGGAGAGUUCUGCCAGCAGAAGCAUGAGUGUCCGUGAGCUGAUCCGGAGAGCUUCAUCUGCGGCCCGAGGAGUGAGCGGGCUGGACGCCCCGGACAGAGACGACUCAGGGAUAGCAGUGCCCACCAUCAACUGGCCCUCGGAUCCCCCGCCCAGUUACGACUCCAUUCCGUCGUCCGAGUGGCCGUCGAGACACGCCAGUCUGGCGGCAGGAGCCAGUGGAGGCGGUAGUGGUGGUGCUGGUGGUGGAAGUGGCAGCAGUAGCAGUGGUGGUGGUGGUCCUGGUGGUGGUGGUAGUGGCGGUGGAGGCAGCGGCAGCUCUGGCGUAGGGGUGAGCGGCCCGUCAGGCGUGUCGUCGGGUUCAGAGUUCAGCACGGUCAGCCUGGGUCCGGUCAAGCUGGAGGACAAGGAGCGGCGCGGCCUGGCCCUGCAGAUACUGGACAUGGUGCUGGCCGCUCCCGUCUUCCAGCCCCACCUGUUUGAGCUGCUCAGCUCCAAGAACGCUGAAGGCUGCACGCCGUUCAUGCAGGCUGUCUGUGGGCGCGCGUAUCCAGCCGCUCUCUCCCUGUUCCACACUGCGCUGAGUAUACGGGGGAUGAACCGCGGCCCUCAAGACGAGGCGAUGCCCACUCAGCAACAGGCUAGCAGUGUCAGCAGCAACAACAACAGCAGCAGCAGUGGUGGUGUUGGUGUAGCUGGAGGUGGGGCGGGAGGAGCAGCAGCAGCAGGAGGAGCAGCAGCGCCGUCGCGCGACGCGGUGCAGAUGGACAUGCUGCUGUCAAUGAUCUACCCGCCGGGCUCCAGCCUGGACAACUCGCCGCUGCACGUGAUCUGCGCCAACGACACCUGCAGCUUCACCUGGACCGGCGCCGAGCACAUCCAUCAAGACAUAUUUGAGUGCAAGACAUGCGGGCUGACGGGAACCUUCUGCUGCUGCACCGAGUGCGCCCGCGUCUGCCACAAGGGCCACGACUGCAAGCUGAAGAAGACCUCGCCCACGGCCUACUGUGACUGCUGGGAGAAGUGCAAGUGCAAGGCGCUGGUGGCGGGCGUGCAGUCGGCCCGCCUCUCGCUGCUGAACCAGCUGCUGCGCUACACGGACCUGGUCACGGCGCCCAACUCGCGGGGGGACAACAUCCUGCUCUUCCUGGUGCAGACGGUGGGCCGCCAGCUGGUGGAGCAGCGCGAGUACAAGCCCGCCAGGGCCCGCGUGUCGGGCAGCCGCAAGGCCCAGCUGGGAGAUUUAGAUGUAGAGAUGCCAGAGCACGACUUGGAGCCGCCCCGCUUCAGUCGCCGUGCCCUGGAGCGCAUCCUCAAUGACUGGAUGGCGGUCAAGGCCAUGCUGACCAGUGGUCUCAAGCCACCAACUGCUGGGGGUCCUGACCUGAUCUACGAGGAGCAGAUUUAUCUGGAGAGUCAAAGCGGCACUGCGAGGCUGGACAAGUUCACCCAUUGCAUGCUGGUCAAGUGUAGCAACGAGAUGUUGGACACCCUGCUGUCGACGUUGAUCCGAGAGAUGCAGACAGAGGAGAGUGCUGCGCGGCGUGACGAGGCGCGCCAGGUGACUCGCCGGUUCGUGCGCUCGGUGGCCCGUGUCUUUGUGGUUCUCAACAUUGGCAUGUUACCUGCCUCCGGCAAGAAACGAGGCCUCCAUGCCCAGCCAUGCCAGCCGCUGAUGAAGUGCAAGAGAGUGUUCCAGGCGCUGAUCACCAUCGCCAUCGAGGAGCUGUGCCAGAUGGCGGACGCCCUUAUCGCCCCCGUGCGCAUGGGUGUAGCCCGACCCACCGCGCCCUUCGCGCUGGUCAGCAUCAACUCGGAUGCUGUUCAGGGCAGCGAAGAGCUGUUUGCUUUGGAUCCAUUACCCCCUCGGCCUUCAUCGGCUGAUAGCACUGCCCAGAGGAUGCCGAUAGUGAGCCACCGGUCACCCCGCCACAGGUCGCAGCCCUCCUCCAGACCUCCCGCCGACGAUGAGCGGAUGCCGGUGGACAUUGAGGAGGUGGAGGUGGUGGAGAGUAUGCAAGUGGACGACGAGCACAGUGACCGGGAGGACCGCGACGACCGACAGUCGGUCCACUCGGACCAGGACCUGGACCACGACCCUGAGCAGCCGGCACCUGACCCGGAGGACGGCCCGGCAGAAAGUGACAUGAGCCUGGUUAUGCUGACGGAGGAAUCGGACAGCGACAGCGAGAGCAGCCACAGCAACCAGGACAACGUGAGUGUGCAGAGGUCAGCAGUUACCAUGGCAACGGCCGGCUCAGACGCAGGCCUGGGCAGCCUGGCCCACUUCUCGGAGGACUCUGGAGACUCUUCCAACCAGGAGGAGGACUACGAGAGCGAGGCAGGCGAGAGUGAGGAGCGGGACACGGACGAGUUCAUCUACCUGGACGAGCAGCUGGAGCGACCGUCGACGGCCGGCGGGCCGGGGGCCCAGGGACAGCGCACCCUGCAGGCCCCACACACCAUGCAGUGGGCCAUCCGCCCGCGGGAGCCCGCCACUACCAGCUCUACCAGCCGCACCCCAACCACGACUACCACAACGAGCACUGCCGGAGGCAACAGCCUGAUCUACAUUGACCCAUCCACUCUACGGCGGUCUGUGUCGGUGGCGGGCCCCACGGUGACCAACCAGGACAGCCCCGUCACCAUGGCGACGACGGCUAGCCAGCUGGCUCGGGCCUUCGGCAUUGUGCUGCGCCAGGUGACGGACCUGCUGAACGUGGUGCCGUACUACCACGCCCUCACACCCAGCCUGCCCCUGGUGCUGGAGGUCACUGCACAGGAAGAACAGAAGCUGCAGGUUUUCUUGGAGCAGCAACUGCGGCCUACCUGGCAAUGGCUGGUCGCCGUCCUAGAUUCCACCGAGGCCCAGCUGCGCUUUGGCUCGGCCCUCAGCAACAACAGCGACCCGUCGUGCCCCCAGCACCCGCUACACGCCAACUACACGCGUUCGCACCGGGAGCGACCGCCGCCACCCCGAGAAGAGCCCCGGUCGCUGCACGUCUUGGAGCACAACCGGCGGCGGCUGCGGUUCGGGACCCUGGGUCAGUCAGUGCCCGCCACCAGCUCAGAUGGCAACUCGGCACGCCGUGACUUCCUGAACUACGCCUUGUCGCUAAUGCGCAGCCACCACGACGAGCACUCCAACUCUCUGCCAGUCAUCGACAUCACGGCCCUCAAACACACGGCAUACGUGUUCGACGCACUCAUCUACUACAUGCGCACAGCGCCGGACUCUGACGUGGAGGCCCUGAGGGACGGCGUGUCCGUCACCUCCAGCUGGCAGGACGAAGACGGAGAGGAAGACCACGAUGACGAGCUUCUGGGAGCGUCGGCUGCCGCCGUGGAGACGGAGAGUGUGGAUGGGGACAGCGACAGCGCUACUCGUUUGGGUCGGAGGCAUCCGUUUUUCCAGCGGUCCGACUCGACGAUUUUUAUGGGCUGUCCGCCCCCCGAUCCUUUUCACACGCCUUUAGUGGAGGCGCUACCUUUGGCGGAUCAGCCACACCUCCUUCAGCCCAACGCGAGGAGGGAGGAUUAUUUCGGCAUGGCUAAGCCCACUGUGGUCUCGAAGGGGGGAGAUGGUAGUUCUGUGGGCCCCGGUCGGCAGCUUCCCCUGAGUCUGGCGUUAUCGAUGAGGCGAGAUGAAGAGAGGGUGAAGCUGGCCCAGAGCCUGCGCAACGCCGCCUUCCAGCCGAUCUCCACCGCACCCAUGAGCAGUACCACCAGUUCUGGAGGUGCAACGAGAGGUGGGGAUGCUAUGAGCAGUGGUGGAGGUGGAGGAGGUGCUGGGGGGAGCACAUCGCUGACCUCGCUGAUGUCUGCUACGGGGGUCUCUUCCUCUCGCGCCACCCUCAGCUCUGACCUCCGGUCGAUGUCGGAUCUGUUCCCUCAGAGCGUAGCGGUGAACCUUUCCCUGUCCGGACCCAACCACAGCAAGCCUCUGUCUCAGCAACAACAGCAGCAUCAGCACCAACCUCUGGAUAUCCCUCUGCCGGGCGAGGCUCCGCCCCCUGUCGCCCAGUCCUCGUCACAGGCUCCGCCCCUGACCCAGCCCAUGCUGUACCCAGAGCCCAUGCAGGGGAUCGCGGCUCCAUCGUCGUCAUCGUCCGUGCCCUCGGCCUCAUUGAGCAUACCGAACCCGCUGGCUCCGAUGGUACCCAACCAGCCGCAGACACCCAGCCAGUUAGCCCGUGCGGCCUUGUCGGCCUUCUCAGAGAUUGCCACCAGCAGAGAACGCAUCGCCACCUCGGCGACCACCAGCACCACCAGCACUGGCCCCCUCGUCAGUGCUGGGCCAAUCCCCACGUAUCAACCGCAGCAGCUACCGCAUCAACAACAGCAGCAGCAGCAUGUUUCGUCACUGUGGGGGCUGGUGUCCCCGUCUGACCCGUCUCAGACCAGCGUGAUCGUUCACACCGCCUCCAACCCGACCACCCUCCUAGCCUCCCAGCCCUCUGCCCUCACCGCUGCCACAGCAUCGUCGUCAAACAGCGGUGCCCCACAACUACCACAACAACAACAACAGCAGCGACACCAACACCACCACCAACAACAACAGCACCCUCAGCAACAUUUUAGUCCGCAACAGCAGCAAUCUUCGUCUUCGUCACACCCGGUACCUCCCCCUCUCCCCGGCAGCGUCCCCCCUGCAGGAAGUUCGGUGGCCGGGCCUGCUGUUGCCUCGACCGACGAGUCUGGUGAGGAUGGCCAGCCACCGCUCCGACCCAAGAUCCACUUUGCCUUCCUGGCAUGGUCGGCCCAGAACCAGGCUGCCUCCUCCUCCUCCUCCAUGGGAGCUCCGGCCUCGGCUUCCUCUCACAGCGGCAGUUCUAGCACCCCGCAGUCGCUCCAGUCCCUCCCCUCCACCCAGGAGCUGGGCUCCCUCAGUUCGGAUCCCACCUCGGACAGCGGAGCGGACUCGCAGGCCUCCACGCUGCCUCCCAUCCCGGCCGGUGUGUCCAUCGUGACGCUGCCCCCACAGACUCACUCCUCCAAUGUCGGACCGUCCACGAGCUCUGAUACUCCCGCCAGCCUGGACCCUGCGCCCAUUGACCUGGUCGGGGCCAACGAGAACGUGUCCAACACAGUGGACAUUGAGACCUCGGACCAGUCGGCCCACCACGCGGGCCCCGGCUCGGCCCCGACCCCAUCGGCCUCUGCUCUGCCGCCCCUCCCAUCCAUGUCUGCCUCGUCGUCAUCGUCGGCUGUCAGACACCAGACGGCGCUGGGCCAGAUUGUGUCCCACGACCUCCUGCUGGGCCGCUGGCGACUCUCCCUGGACCUGUUUGGCCGCGUGUUCUGCGACGACGUAGGGGCCGAGCCGGGCUCUGUCAUCAGUGAGCUUGGGGGGUUCCCCGUCAAGGAAGGACGCUUCCGCCGGGAGAUGGAGAAGCUGAGGAACUCUCAGCAGAGAGAUCUCACCAUUGAGAGCCUGGCGGCCAAGAUCACGGGCAUGUUGCUGGAGCUGUCCCCCUCCCAGCUGGUCCUGCUACUGACCUCUGACCUGGCGCUGCGACACCGAGUGGACGACGCCGUGGAGAUCAUCUCCUCUCACGGAAGGGAAAUGAGCUCGGAUAGUUUCCUGGAUCUGGAUAUCUUCAACCUGUCUACGGAUAAGUCUAAGACUCCGCCCUCUAACACGUCAGGGGGUGGGGCUAGCGGAGCUGCAGGCCUGGGCUCGGACUUUGCCCUGGAUGAGGACAUAGAGGACAACGCCCCUCUCUUCUGGCAGCCGGGCAAGCGGGGCUACUACACCCCACGCAUCGGCAAAGCUUCCCCGGAGAGGCUUAACGCAUUUAGAAAUAUCGGCAGGAUCAUUGGCCUAUGCCUGUUGCAAAACGAGAUCUGCCCGCUGUUCUUCAACCGCCACGUUCUGAAGUGCAUCCUGGGCCGUCGUCUGGGCUGGCACGACCUGGCCUUCUUCGACCCGGUGAUGUACGAGUCGCUGCGCAGCCUAGUGGAGGAUGCGGAGAGCAAGGACGCACAGCUCAUCUACACGCUGGACCUCAACUUUUGUGUGGAGCUCUGUGCUGAGGAGGGUGGAGAGCAGGUGGAGCUGAUCCCGGACGGCGCAGAGGUGGAGGUGACGGCGCAGAACGUGCACAACUACGUGCGAAAGUACGCAGAGCACCGCAUGAUGGUCGUGGCAGAGAAAGCUUUGAAGAACCUGCGUAUGGGUGUGUUUGAUGUGGUCCCCUCCAACUCCCUGGACGGGCUGACGGCCGAGGAUCUGCGCCUGCUGCUCAACGGGGUCGGGGACAUCAACGUGCAGACGCUCAUCAGCUACACCUCCUUCAACGACGAGAGUGGUGAGAAUGCUGAGCGUGUGCAGCGAUUCAAGCGCUGGUUCUGGUCGGUGGUUGAGAAAAUGAACAACUAUGAGAGGCAAGAUCUGGUUUACUUCUGGACAUCCAGCCCCGCCCUCCCAGCCAGCGAGGAGGGCUUCCAGCCCAUGCCCAGCAUCAACAUCCGGCCGGCGGAGGACGACCACCUGCCCACGGCCAACACGUGCAUCUCCCGGCUGUACAUCCCGCUCUACUCCACCAAGGCCAUUCUCAAGACCAAGCUGCUGCUCUCCAUCAAGACCAAGGCCUUUGGCUUCGUCUAGGGAGGACAGACAGCCCGCCGUUGUUGCCACCACCGCCCUUCGUGGUCUUCUCGGCGCUGCUCUGGAGAAUUGGAGGGCGUUGUAGGAUUCAACGCUUUGGCCUUUGUUGUGGUGUUGAGACAAUAAAUUACGAACAAUGCGCUACGGCUUUCGAGUAUUCCAGAAUUUUUUUUAGGCUCCACGCUUUUUUAUAUCAUUCUGCUUCAAGACAAAAGUCUUUGAGUUUGUGGGUCGUGGGACACACUUUUAAGGACUCUCACUAGUUCCGGGAUUUUCUGGAGUACCGUGCUGUCCACCCGGUCAAGACUAACGGUGGAGUUAACAGGACAGAUGUCUUAUAAGACUGUCCGCGAUUCCGGAAAUUUCUGGAAUUUCAACUGGUCCAUCCAGGUCAAAACUUUCAAGUUUGUCAAAGGACAAAUAUCUAAGACUUUGUCCAGGUUCCCCAAAUUUCUGGAAUUUCAACUUGCCGAGGUCGAAGCUGUAAAUUUGUCUAAGACAAAUAUAAUCUAAGAACGAGUAGUUGGAUUCCAGAUUUUUCUGGAAUUCUGGCUGGUCAAGAUGAGAGCCUUCAAGUUUGUCGUAAGACAAAUGUGUAAGGUCUCUUACCGAUUCCUCAAGUUUCUAGAAUUCCAACUGUGCUCCACUCCAAGUGCGGGACCUACGAGUUUGGGGGGAGAUGUUUCUCAGUGAAUUGUUAGAGUUUAAAUGGGGGGGGGGGGGUGUUAAAUGGUGAUUUUUCCGACAUGAUGUCAAGCUUUGGGCCUUGUGUAUGUUCGACAUCACUGUUUGCUUGUUCUGCUUUUUCCUUCUUCUCGUUUUCGUUGAAAUUUGAUAUCUGACUAAAUGUGUAUGUGUUCCUUUGACAAGGGCCUGUAUGUAGACAAUUUUUAAAAAUUGAGAUAAAGGUAGUUUCAUGUGGGUUUUUAUAUUCUGAAUCGCAUAAGUUUUUAAAAAGUGUUUCAGGUAUUUUCAGUACUUAUUGAGAUAUUGCCUGUUAUGUAAGGAAAGGUACGAAUAUGUUUUUGAGGAAAAGUUUUAAAGUUAAAUGACUUAAUAUUUUUCUAAAAAAUAGCAUAAGAAUGGCCUUGCUCCUUCGAUUCACCCUUAUAAUUUUUGUUUAAUAUGUUUAACUUUCAGAAGAAAAAAAAACAUCAAUAAAUAAUGCUGUCGAUUAUCAGAGUGUUUGUGGAAAAAUAAAGUGAUUUGAAUGUGUGAGAAAUAAGGUCUUACUUGGGGCUAACUUCGCUAGACGCCACUGUAACAAACCAAAUUUUAUAGUACUUGGAAAUAAAAAGGUUGUAAAUCCAUUU